AGAGAUAGGAUGGUAGCUGGGGAGGCGAGUAUGCGCAGCCCAAUCCUGGCCUGCUGGCAGCCGAUUCUCUUCCUGAUGCUGGGAUCCAUCCUGUCCGGCUCUGCCACGGGCUGCCCGCCGCGCUGCGAAUGCUCUGCCCAGGACCGCGCCGUCCUGUGCCACCGCAAGCGAUUCAUGGUCGUGCCGGAGGGGAUCCCAACCGAGACCAGGCUGCUGGACCUGGGCAAGAACCGCAUCAAGACGCUCAACCAGGAUGAAUUUGCCAACUACCCUCACCUGGAGGAGCUGGAGCUCAAUGAGAACAUUAUCAGUGCCAUUGAACCUGGGGCUUUCAACAACCUCUUCAACCUCAGGACGCUGGGGCUCAGGAGUAACAGACUCAAGCUGAUUCCCUUGGGGGUGUUUACUGGACUCAGCAACCUUACCAAGCUAGACAUUAGUGAGAACAAAAUUGUGAUCCUCCUAGACUACAUGUUCCAGGACUUGUACAACCUGAAGUCUUUGGAGGUGGGGGACAAUGACCUCGUCUACAUCUCCCACCGGGCCUUCAGCGGCCUCAACAGCCUGGAGCAGCUGACCCUGGAGAAAUGCAAUCUGACCUCCAUCCCCACCGAGGCCCUGUCUCACCUUCAUGGCUUGAUCGUGCUGCGGCUGCGCCAUCUGAACAUCAACACCAUCCGGGAUUACUCAUUCAAGAGGCUGUACCGACUCAAGGUCCUCGAGAUCUCACACUGGCCCUACCUGGAUACUAUGACGUCCAACUGCCUCUACGGGUUGAACCUGACCUCCUUGUCCAUCACCCACUGCAACCUGACAUCCAUCCCGUACGUGUCGGUGAGGCACUUGGUUUACCUCCGGUUCCUGAACCUGUCCUACAACCCCAUCGUCACCAUCGAGGGCUCCAUGCUCCAUGACCUGCUCAGGCUGCAGGAGAUCCAGCUGGUGGGAGGGCAGCUCACCACGGUCGAGCCCUUUGCCUUCCGUGGCCUCAAUUACCUGCGCAUCCUGAACGUGUCAGGGAAUUUACUGACCACCCUGGAGGAGUCAGCCUUCCACUCGGUGGGCAACCUGGAGACGCUCAUCCUCGACAACAACCCCUUAGCCUGCGACUGCCGGCUGCUCUGGGUUUUCCGGCGGCGAUGGAGGUUGAACUUCAACAAGCAGCAGCCCACCUGCUCCACCCCCGAGUUUGUCCAGGGCAAGGAGUUCAAAGACUUCCCCGACGUCCUCCUGCCCAACUACUUCACCUGCCGCCGAGCACGGAUACGGGACCGCAAACCUCAGCAGAUCUUCGUGGACGAAGGCCACACAGUCCAUUUUGUCUGCCGGGCAGAUGGGGACCCGCCUCCCACCAUCAUGUGGCUCUCUCCCCGGAAGCACCUCAUCUCUACCAAAACCAAUGGGCGGCUCACUGUCUUCCCUGACGGCACGCUGGAGGUGCGCUACGCCCAGAUCCAGGACAAUGGCACCUACCUAUGCAUUGCCAGCAACGCGGGUGGCAACGACACCAUGCUGGCCCACCUGCACGUGCGCAGCUACUCCCCAGACUGGCCCCACCAGCCCAACAAGACCUUCGCGUUCAUCUCCAACCAGCCCAAUGAGAGCGAUGCCAACAGCACGCGUGCCACCGUGCCUUUCCCCUUUGACAUCAAGACUCUCAUCAUCGCCACCACCAUGGGCUUCAUUUCCUUCCUGGGCGUCGUGCUCUUCUGUCUGGUGCUCCUCUUCCUGUGGAGCCGGGGGAAAGGCAACACCAAGCACAAUAUCGAAAUCGAGUAUGUGCCACGCAAGUCCGAUGCGGGCAUCAGCUCCGCCGACGCGCCGCGCAAGUUCAACAUGAAAAUGAUUUAACCGUGCGACAAUUUGCAAACAAUAAUGGUGGGUGUUUUUAAAAAAACAACAAAAUAAAACAAAACAAAACAAACAAAAAUGAACAAAUGAACAAAUAAGAAUAAUUAAAAAACAAACAUUGCUACAAACAUACCGACCUCUCUCCUUCCACCAUGCCCUUCGCCCCUGUCCUAACCCACUGCACCCACACUGUCACCACCUCUCUCCCCCCCUCUUCUUCUUUAUACCAGGAAAACGUUCAGCUGAUGUCUUCAGGACUCCCGUGUUGGUAAGGACUUUGUCCGAUGGACUCCGGUGUCAGAUAUAACUCUGAGAGGGAAAAACAACAGAGGGGAGGGAAAAGAAAGAAAAAAAAGAAAUAAAAUCAAUAAAAAGUUACAAACUUUCUUCUGUAACUUUGAUUUCAAUAAUUAUGGAUUUUUAUGAAAACUUGAAAUAAUAAAAAAAACCCUAUUUCCUAUAGAUAGUUGGAAUGCAAAA